AUUUGAAUUAGGCUAUAUAGUUCCGUCUACAUUACGCAUAUAUAAAUGAAACAUGAGUUCGAGUUCUUACAAGAGCAGCGAAGGAUCCAUCCACAGUUGAGUUGAGUUAGAGCUGUACAGUUCCGAUUCCGAGCCGAUGGAAGGUGUACCGCGAGUUCCGCCGGAGGCAGCAGAGAGACGCAGAUGCCGGAUAGGCGCCGCCAUGGCAGUCUUGUUGGUGGUAUUGCCUCUGAUGCUGAUGCGCGUCUUCUUGGGCGACCAAGCCGACUCCAUCGACGCCCUGCUUCGGCAGGCCCAUGUCAAACAGCAAAGUCCCCGAAACGCGUCGGACCCGGAGGCGGCGCCGGUGCGUACCGAGCACGAGCACGACCGGCUCCUUGGUGGGCUCCUCUCCCCAGACUUUCACGACGAGCAGGCAUGCCGCAGCCGGUAUGAAGCUUCCACGCUCUGGAAGACAUCGCCCUUCUCGGUCGCCCCGUACCUCGUCCGGAGGCUCAGACAGUACGAAGCCAACCACAGCAGGUGCGGGCCACGCACGGCUCGCUACCGUGAGGCCGCCGCACAGCUCCAGUCCGGCCGCAACGCCGGCGGCGCCGACUGCAGGUAUGUGGUGUGGCUCCCCAUGCAGGGCCUCGGCAACCGGAUGCUCAGCCUCGCCUCCACCUUCCUCUACGCGCUCCUCACCGGCCGCGUCGUCCUCGUCCACCAGCCACCCGAGAUGGAGGGCCUCUUCUGCGAGCCCUUCCCGGGGACCUCCUGGCUCCUGCCCCCGGACUUCCCCUACAAGGACGGCUUCUGGUCCGGCUCCAAGGAGAGCUACGUGAACAUGCUUGAGAACAACGUCGUACGCUACGACAUGGUCAAUAACGCGAGCGCCCUGCCGGCGUACGUCUACCUCCAUCUGGAGAACACCAGGUUCCGGUUCCAGAACCACACCUUCUGCGAGGAGGACCACCUGUUGCUCGAUAAGUUUAAGUGGAUGGUGCUCAGCUCCGACAGCUACUUCGCCGUGGCGCUGUUCCUCAUGCCGGCGUACCGGGAGGAGCUGGACCGGAUGUUCCCGGCCAAGGGCGCCGUGUUCCACCAACUCGGCAGGUACCUCUUCCACCCGGGGAACCGGGCGUGGGGGAUGGCGCAGAGGUUCUUUGCCGGGUACCUCGCCGGCGCCAACGAGCGUCUCGGCGUGCAGGUGCGCGUCGGGCCGUACCAGCUGGCGUUCCCGUUCGAGGUCAUGUCCGAGCAGAUCCUCCGGUGCACGCGCGAGCACGGUCUUCUGCCGCAACUGACCCACAACACCGAACGGGCGGCCGGUAGUGUACGGCUGGCAAACAGCAUAGCGGUGAAGGCAGUCCUGGUGGUCUCGCUAAAGCCGGAGUACUACGACAAGCUGCACGGCAUGUACUACAGCAACGCGGCGGCAUCGUCGACCGGCCAAGAGGUGGUGGUUUCGGUGUACCAGCCGAGCCACGACGAGGACCAGCGCACAGAUUCGCGGGCACACAACGAGCGUGCUCUGGCGGAGAUAUACCUACUGAGCUUCUGCGACGAGGUGGUGACCACGGGGUGGUCGACGUUCGGGUAUGUGGCGCACUCACUGGCCGGUUUGCGCCCGUGGGUGCUCACGCCGCUUGAUUGGACCAAGAUGAAGGCUGAGAACGCCUGUGUGAGGCCGGAGUCAGUGGAGCCGUGCAUGCACUCGCUGCCGUCGUUCGACUGCUGGCGCAGCGGGCAGGAUCUUGACCCCGUGGUGCAUCUGCCGUUCCUGCGCCACUGCGAAGAUGUGCCUGCAGGUCUCCAGCUGUUUUGAAUUGGUACCAUACAUUUUGGGUUGGGUUCUUUCUUGGGCCAGAAAAGCAGCUGGGUUUUGCACCGCCCCGAUGUGCCCAUGUCUUACAAAAUCACGUCCACAAAAUAAGAAUAAAAACGCGACGAGAGAACUAGGUUUCGAGGUUGAGAGCGCACCGCCGGAGCCGUCGUCACUGGGGACCUGCCAUCUUGGCGUUGUGAGGUAAGGGGGCCUAGACGUAUACAUAAGUGUUUAGUAAUAUGAAUUAUGUGGUCAUGAUAUGCACUAGUAUUGUGUGUCUCUAUCCACACAUCCAUAAACAGUGGUAUAAGUUACGCCCGUA